CUGCACGCUUUUGCACACAACCCUCCCUGCGAUGCGGGACAUCAAUGUCUAUUCGUUUGCAAAGGCUCUGCCUCGAAUGAGCUGGUCGCGACAUAAUCUCUACAACCUCUGGCGACGCUCUCUCGGUGAACUUGCAAAGGAGACUAACUUUACGCGUACCCAAAAAACUCUUUUCCAGCAACGUUGGGCUGCAAAAUCCCUUGUUCGCGCAUAUCAUGGGGACUUCAUCAAUGAAAAGUCGUUCAAACGAUGGUACCUACCCACUACACUUCCUGAUGUGCGGUCACGGCGGCGGGUGGCAGGUGACGACACUCUCGAUUUGAAUAAGUGGGCGAAGCAAGACAAGGUUGUUGAAAAAGGCACGAAGGUUCUUCAAGAGGAUACAGAGAAUGCUCAGCUUGCACCCGUCGGGAGCAUGAUGUUCGCGGAAGUAGAACGAAGGAUUGAUGUAUUCAUCUUUCGGGCGUGUAUGGCACACAGCGUUUAUGAGGCUCGUCGAAUGGUAGUGCACGGCGAUGUACUAUUGAAUGGGCAGAAGCAUCAAAACGCCAACACACGCCUCGCACCAGGCGACAUGGUGUCCGUGAACCCAGAUGCCAUCCGUUUCCUGCAGCGCCAGGAGCCGAAGAAAGAGGAUGUUGAGUUGGAGACAGUAGAGCCGAAGAUUGAGAUUGCGGAUGAAUCGACGUCCGCCUCGGAAGGGGAACCAUCCGCAGCUUCUUCUUCUAGCCCAUCAGGCAAGCCCAAGGUACCGAACAAGCCCAAGGCGAAAAAAGACUCAGACCUUACGCCAUUCAACCUCCCCCCUUUUGCAUCGCCUUUUAUCUUCAUCCCGGCAUAUAUCGAACCCUCUUUUGCAACAUGCUCCGCAAUUUACGUUCGCCACCCGACUGCGCGUCCAGGCUACUCAGAAGUCCCGACUCCAUAUGAUGCGGAUGGUGAAGUUGUGCGGCUGGCUUGGGAGUGGUAUUCGAAGGUGCGGCCGAGAAUGCGGAGCAAGAGGCAGCUGGCUCGCAUGCCUGAGAAUAGACAUUAG